AUGGAGUCCUCUCUUGAAUUGUCCAACUCUUUGGGCAGCGUGUCAUCGCUGCUGAGCGGCUGCAGGACAUUCAAAGUGCUCGUGAUUGGGGACUCAGCGGUGGGCAAGACUUGCCUCACACACCGACUCUGCGCCGGUCAUUUCCCCAGCGGCGUGGAGGCAACGAUCGGCGUGGACUUCCGAGAGCGACUCCUUGAAAUUGACGGGGAGAUGAUCAAGUUGCAACUGUGGGACACAGCAGGACAGGAACGCUUCCGUAAGUCAAUGGUGCAACAUUUUUACCGAAAUGUGCACGCAGUUCUCUUCGUCUAUGAUGUCACAUGCUGGGCCAGUUUCAGCAGCCUCUCUGCUUGGGUAGACGAGUGCCGAUGCAACUCUCUUGGCCAGGAAGUGCCCAGGUUUCUGGUUGGGAACAAGAACGACCUCCGUGAUGUCGUGAAGACCGAUGGCCUGGUGAACCAGGAACAGGCGCUGAAAUUUGCCAAAACUCACAACAUGAUGUUUUUUGAGACAUCGGCCAAAUACUCCGGCAGACGGCGAAGUGUUGGGGAUGUGCCCUAUCAGCAGGAUAAUGUCGAGGAUAUUGUCAAUGCUGUCGGUGCCAGACUGAAGAGACAGAAGAGUCACAGCGCAGCGUACAACCUGGCAUACAGUGGCUCUUUUAAAGUUUUCAACAAGAAACCAGAGGAGAAAGAAAUAUGGAGCUGCUGCUGA